AUGGCCGAGCAAAAGUGCUUGAUCUUGCGACAAGGUUUUUGUGUCCUUUGUCUUGUACUCACUCUACUUUUCGGCAUCAUUGCUGCCAUCAUCGCCCCGCUGAUCGCUUCGAGUUUCAUCGAGGUUGAGGCGAUUCAAGAAAGGCCAGGAACGAAUGAACACGACCUCAGCUCAAUCCGAAUGCAGUACUAUCCAUUGGUGAAUGGCCUUGAGGAGCAAGGCAAGGAGCAAGAGCAAAAGCCGAUAGUGAGAAAUGAGUAUAGAUGGAAUGAUAGAGCGCUCCAAGCACAGGUUGUGAGGGAAAAAUUUGAACAAAAAGCUCAACAACAACUCGUCGAACAGCCACGUGAGGCUUUUCAGGCACAACGGGCGGCCGCUUUUGCCACGUCGCUUGCACUGCACGACGCGAAACUCCGUCAGCAACAAAAAGAACUCGAGCUGUACGCGCAGCUGUACAAUCCUGGAUUGCUGAAUGGUGAAUUAGGCCCGAUUGGUCCCACCGGGUUGACAAUGCAUGGAGGGCCGGCCGUUCACGUGGGAGCACCGCCAAUCAUACACAAUAUACAAUGGCAUCAAGGGAGCCCGGAGAAAGAAUGGUUGAACGCUCAAGAGGCUUCGAAUCCGGCGAUGCCUCCAGUUGGGUGGAGUGAGCGACAGAGUGCAAUUGCUAAUGGAAAAGUGAUCACACAAAAUAGUAUUGUACGUUGGAGGGGGAAUCCCGUUCCCGUGGGAGUCGGAGGAACUCUG